UACGUCGCCGGCUGCUCCCCGUCUCCACCCAGAGGAUUAAUCCUGUCGUGUCGCCUGCCGCCGGUCAGUGCUCUUCCUUUAGCCUAGCUUGCCACGGCAGAAUUCAGAGAAGAAACCGAGCGGGACUAGAAAUUUCUUCAGCAGUAACUAAAGCUCCGGAUCUUUGAUACCCGUGUCGCUACUGGACUCGGAUUUGCUUCUCCUACUCGUAUUAGGAGUGUGGGCGUGUGGACACAGGAUUUGCUUCUCCUACUGGACUCGGUUUGUUAUCUAUAUAAGCACAGACAGGAGCCUGCCUUUCAUCUGAAGAUAUUUGUCCAAGCACCAGGUCUUUGCACUUACAGUUACGGAGCAGAUUUAGCCAGGAGUCUGCCUUCCCUCAGUUAUACUGAAGAAGUUUGUCAGUUUGGCCGAAGUUCCAGAUCUUUGCAGAGAGAGGAGACCCUGCUCCCAUGGAGCUAAGUAGCGUCGCCUCGAUGAUGAGCUUAGGGAGUCUAGCUAUACAACGAACAUAUUUGUGCUCCCUAGUCUUCAGACUCUUGCCAAAGCUGCUAGGCUUCACUCCCAGUUCACUGAAGAAAUUCUGCAAAGAUGUUCAUCCACCACUGACGGAGACUAUUGUGGGCACGUUGCCUGAGCUGCCUCAGGACAUCUUGAUGGGUAUCUUUGCCACCCUUGAAAUCCCUGACUUCGUACGUGCCGGUGCUGUCUGCCGCUCUUGGCGCUCUGCAUAUACCAGCCUACGGAGCCCUGGGCAGUAUAAACUAUCGCCGUGCCUCCUCCAUACUUCUGAAUCUGCUGGUGAUAGCUCUGCUUGCCUCUACAGCCUCACUGAAAGGAGAUCGUACAAGUUAACUCUUCCGGAGCCACCUAUCCGCUCUAGGUGUUUGAUCGGGUCCUCUCAUGGCUGGCUAGUUACUGUUGAUGAGAGAUCUGAGAUGCAUCUUGUCAAUCCGAUCACAUGUCAACAGAUUGCUCUACCUUCGGUGAUCACCCUCGAGCAGGUGAAGCCCAUCUUUGAUGAGUACGGUGUUCUCCACAAGUAUGAAUUGUCUUGGCUCACUGGAACAACUACUCGCUAUGUCCCGCCGUUGAUCUUCGCUCUUGACAAGCUGCGGGAUGAACUCCACUAUAAGGCGUUUGUGUUCCCUGAUACAUCCACGGGAAGCUACAUUGUGGUGCUCAUCCAUAACCCAAUGCGCCAGCUCUCUUUUGCAAGGCUAGGGGAUGAUAAAUGGACCUGGCUGCCGCCUCAUGAUCUCUAUUGUGAUUGCAUUUACAAGGAUGGCCUGUUGUAUGCUGUGUCUAAAAGGGGAGAACUUCACACUUUCGAUAUUAGUGGCCCUGUGGUCGCUAUGAAUAUGGUCAUAAGCAUACCCAGGAAGGAUUACUGUGAGUAUUUGUACAUUGUUGAAGCUCCAUGGGGUGAUCUUCUGCUCAUUUGGAGAAUCUUUGAGGAUUUUAAUUUGGAACCUGAUCCUGGGGCAUCUGUGUUUUGGAAUACUACAAAAUUCAGAAUAUAUGAACUUGAAGCUUCCGGAAGUAAACUUAAGGAAAUCAAUUGCUUGCGUGACCAUGUUUUGUUUCUUGGGCAUAAUGAAUCACUUUGUCUCAGUGCUGAACAAUAUCCGUCUCUCAGGGCAAAUCAUGCCUACUUUACUGACGAUAAUAUGUUCUGGACAUUGGGAUUUAAGAAUAAUCACCGUGAUAUGGGAAUUCUCAACUUGGAUGAUAACAGCAAGGAAGGACUCAUAUCUUCUCAGCUUUGUUCCAACUUUCCGGCUCCGAUUUGGAUUACACCUGAUCUUAGAAAUAUGAACUUGGCUUCAGGUGCUGCUUGAAAAAUGGUUUAGUGAGCCUUCAGUUGCGUAGUUUGCUAGGUUAUUGUGCUUCGUAAAGGAAGUCAUGGACAAACUAUUCAAGUGAUCACUUGGACCCUGACUCCGCCCACUCUAGCUUCGACCCAGUUGAAUAAAUAUGUGGAGGUAGCACUGGUGCUGGAGAUAGUGCUGAAGGGGAUUAAUAUAGAGGUACAUAGAGGUGAGCUUCCAGCGGUGGUUGGAACGGUCGGGUCCGGCAAAGUCGUCACUGCUGUCUUGCAUUAUGGGAGAGAUGGACAAGGUCUCAGGCAAGAAACCUUUGAGAAGCUGGUGAUGGAGAUGGCGGAGAUUAUAGUGAUGAUGUUCUUGUCCUGCUCCUGCAAGAACAUUGCUUCGAUGGUGGAGCUGCAGUUUUGUAUGAAGAUACUUUCAGUAUAGCUGAACGAAUGCAGUUGUGUGUUCUGGCAUCGAAUGCAGGUGUUACUGUUUGUUUCUUUCAUGCACAUUGAUACUACUUCGGAAGACGUGGUACUGAAGGGGCACAUUGAUUGAACUUUUGCUGGAAAAUCUCAUGGAUUCAAGUAUUAGCACAUAUUUGACCUCUGAUGUCUUAUUCUUCGGGCCCUUGCUUUCAGAGGAAGUAUCCAUGCAAUUUUGGAGACUAGAUGACCCGGUGCGCUCCGGCGCACAGGCAAAUGCAAGACAGUAUUAUAACCAUAUGUUUCAUGGUGCUAAUGUAUUAUGGCCCACUACGCAUACUCAUGCUGACCAUGGUAAAUUUCAUAAACACAACCAUAUACUUGGAUGAAAUAUGUAAAGAAUGUGUCAUUUCCCAUAUUCUAUAGGAAAGAUGUGUUCCAAUGUACAGAAAGACAUAAAACUGCAUUGUAUUUAAUUCAUAAAUGUAAUAUCAAUAUCAGUCUCUCGACAGUUAACCAUA